AUGGGGUAACCCUAGGUGCUCUUGCUCCAUCCUGUCCUGGCUUCAGGCAGAGGUCUGACAGAGGUGAAGCUGGACUGGGAGACCCUGAUCCCUGUGAGGUCGUUCAUCAACUCAUGGGUGUCAGAGAUAGGAGUGGAUGGUGGGUAUCUGGUGAGGGGUGGUGCUGAUUAUAGGGAAGUCUGUAUGUGUAUUUUCCCCUUGGCUCUGUUCCUUUUCUGGCUACUGUAAAGUGUAUUGGUUUUGAGUUUGAAUUCCCUCCUACUCUACACAUCCAAAUUGCAUUGGGUUUCUAGCCUCUUACCCUCAGGGGUAAGUAGAAGUGUUUUUCUGGGAAGGGGCUGGGUGCAGAGAGGGAAGACAGGGAGAGAACUCUGGCUUUUGGUGGGGGGCCUUUAACAAUUUGGAGUAAUAGGGAAGGCUCUAAGUUUAUGUAUCAAGUCUCUCCCCUCCCUCUUUCCCUAGCCCAAGUCUGAAGUCACCUAGGGCUAAAUAUGGAGCUUUCCAUCAGCCUCUAGGCCAUUUGACCUUGGGGAGUCACCCUCAGUGCCAGGAUCUUGGCUGUGCUGGGCCAUGGAACUCUGAGGUGCCUGUGCUCAAUAGAACUUCUAGAACCUAACAUUCCAGGUCCCUCCUUGAGCUCCUCCCCCUCCAACCACCAUCCAGCUGGAAAGCUCCUCCGGGGUGGGGGCCCCCUGCAUCAUGAUGCUUAACUCAGACCCCAUGGAGCUAGACCUGCCUCCCACCCAUUCAGAGACAGAAUCAGGUUUCAGUGACUGUGGGGGAGGUGUGGGUUCGGACAGGACAGGACCUGGAGGUCCUGGGGGAGGUCAGGCCAGGGGUCCUGAGAUGGGGGAGUCUGGUCGGAAGGACCUGCAGCAUCUGAGCCGUGAGGAACGGAGGCGGAGGCGGCGGGCCACAGCCAAGUAUCGCACUGCCCAUGCCACUAGGGAACGGAUCCGAGUGGAGGCCUUCAACUUAGCUUUUGCUGAGCUUCGAAAGCUGCUGCCCACCUUACCCCCUGACAAGAAGCUCUCCAAGAUUGAAAUCUUACGCCUGGCCAUCUGCUAUAUUUCCUACCUGAACCAUGUCCUGGAUGUCUGAACUUUUUGGUCCCUUGUCUGGGGGAAUCCUACCCUUGGGGUCUCUUUCUGUCCCAGCUGAGAAUACCUUGCUGCCCAGCUCACUUUCUCUCUCUUGUUACAUCCUAUGGUCUGGACUGCUAAGUCCCUGCACCACCCCAUCAUAGCUCCCUUCCUCCCCUGGCCACCCCAGACUCAUAAAUGUCCGUUUGGCCAAGGAAAACAACAGCUUAGCUCAGACCAGGGGUAGAGAGGCUAUUUUUACAAGUUAGCUGUGGUGGCAGUUGUGUAUGUAUAU